AUGACUGUCGAAAAGAAGUCCUUUAUUGACGCCAUCAAGGCUCGCCGCACUUACUAUCAAAUCACCAACGAGUCCACCAUUUCGGAUGACCGCAUUCAAGAACUCGUCACCGAUGUCCUUCUCAAUGCGCCUAGCGCAUACAACUCGCAAUCUGCCCGUUUGGUUAUCCUCUUGAAGGAGGAUCACGAGAAACUCUGGGACAUUGCCAAGGAAGUCCGGAAGGCCGCUGUUGCGGCUGAUGCUUUCCCUGCUAUUGAAGCAAAAAUCAAUGCCUUGCGUGCUGGAUAUGGCACUAUCCUCUUCUAUGAAGAUAUCCCCACCGUUCAGGCCUGCCAGGAGAAAUUCAAGGCAUUUGCCGACAAAUUCAUCCAGUUCUCCGAGCACAGUUCCGCCAUGCAUCAAUAUGCACUCUGGACUGCCCUUGAAGCCGAAGGACUCGGUGCCAGCCUUCAGCACCAAAACCCUUUCAUCGACCAAAGAGUGGCCGGCGAAUGGGGUGUUCCGCUUGACUGGGAUUUGAAGGCCCAGCUUGUCUUUGGCAAGCCUACUGGUCAGCCCGGCGAGAAGACUGCCAAACCAGUGGAGGAGAGAUUGAAGGUCUUCGGCAAAUAG